UAUAUAAGUAUUAUCAGUAACGGUGUCAGAAACCGGCCUCGAAGACAGCAGUCGAGCCAGCGCCGCCGGUGAAAGUUGCAGACGCAUACCUCACCGCAACUAACGAGAACGUUUGCAAUAGAACAUUUCGUGGUGCGCGAUUUUGCUUUGACAAGUCACAAACAAAUAAACAAAAGGUGCGUCAUUAUCACGUCUAUCGAAGCGCACUCGUGGCUGGUCGGUGGUCGGCUGAUAGUGUGGUGUUGAGCGCGGGCGCACGGGCGCUCGAGUCGCCUCAGUCGCGACCAUGUUGACUACGUGCAUCGUCGUAGCCGCGCUGGCGACGGUCGCCGCCGCCGAUCUCAUCGCGCUGGACCUCGAUGUCAACAAUACGCUGCCAGCUGAACAAAACGACACAUUACCUGCAGAACAAUUCUUCAUUGACAAGAUAUUCGAUAAAUAUGGAUAUAAAGGCGUCAUCACAUUUGAGGGCUUCGAGCAUUUGAUGGACAGCCUCGGCCUAGGAGGCAGGGUGUUCACCUCCCCCCACGACGUAGCUCUUCACCGCGUCAACGGAUCGUUCCGACAGCUGCAUGACCAACUACACCGGCAUAAAAGGUCACCGAAACCCACAGCUGAAACCUCACUACAAAAGUCAUGCCUGUCACCAAGGAAAAUGUUGGAAGUGUAUGGCAUAGAGAGCGAACCUGGAGUCAUAACCAUCAACCCAAAGACCUUUUUGGAGAUGUGCCCAGCGUUGGUGUAUCAGCUAGACCAGCGCACGUGCUUCAAGUCGGAGGUUCCACCGCCACAGAUUGAAAGACAUUGGACCUGGAUAUACGCAAGCUUGAGUAUCCUAGUAAUCAGUGCUACUGGCUUACUUGGAGUAGCGAUAGUACCGCUUCUUAAAUCGGUCGUAUUCAGCUAUGUACUCCAUUUCCUGGUUGCCAUUGCCGUAGGCACGCUAUGUGGAGAUGCCUUACUUCAUUUACUACCACACGCCCUCAAAAGCCACGGAUCAUCCUCUGAACCUCAAGAAGAAACCGAAGUCGUUCUCAAAUGCAGUGUCACCUUCUUAACCAUUUUAUUUUUCUACACUGUUGAAGCAGUUAUGCAAACCUUACAUGGAGGUCACAAACAUUCACACGAUCAUUCACAAGGAAUGACUGUAGAAGAAAUGAAAACUGAAUCAGCUAAACAGAUUGAACCCAUUGAAUUAGGUGCGAUGAUGCCCGGAGCACCGCCACCGCCCGUGGAUCGCCCAAUGACAUCUACGGCUCUCAUGGUCAUUGUGGGAGACGGGUUACAUAACCUUACUGAUGGUUUAGCGAUCGGAGCCGCGUUUAGUGGAGAUCCAGUGACAGGUUUCGCGACAGCCUUAGCAGUCUUCUGUCACGAAUUGCCCCACGAGCUUGGAGACUUCGCCGUGCUUCUACGCUCUGGCAUGAGCAUAAAACGUGCCUUAUAUUAUAAUUUAUUGUCAUCGGUGCUCAGUUUUAUGGGAAUGGCUGGCGGCAUUUGGCUAGCAGAAGACCACGAAUCUGCUUCACAAUGGAUUUACGCUGCUACAGCUGGUACUUUCUUUUAUAUAGCUCUUGCUGACUUAGUACCAGAAAUAAACGAAAACAAUCAUGGGAAAAGUUUAAAUUUGCUAUUAGCGGUGCUAGGCAUUCUUGCCGGAGGUGUAAUUAUGUUGCUUAUUGCUAUACAUGAAGACUCAAUACAGUACCUCUUUAAGAGCGCAGAACAAUGAACAUUGAGAUAUAAGUUGUAGUAUAAAUAGAUAGCUACUUGAUUAUUGUGAUAAAAACUCAUGGUUGUUGAAAAUGCAGGCUCGUGCCUGUGAUGCUUAGAUAUUAAGUUGUCUUGACUGUAUGUUGAUCGCUGGGAACUGACUGAUAGAUACAGGUAAAAAUUGAUAAUACGAUUAUUUCAAGUUCCAGUUAAUAAAUACAACUGACAAAAUUUAGAAUAUCCGCCUAUCCCCCAGCAAUCUGUUCUGCAAGUGCGUGUAUUAGUUUGAGAAAAAAGUUAUCCUUCAUGUUAUAAAUGCAUGACCGACCGAUUUAUUAUAAAACAUAGAAUUUGCAUUGUUUCUAAGAAUGUUUCGUACCUAAAUAGGUACCUGGUUUUGUUAUUAAUUUAAGUAGGUAACUAGUAAAAAGAAAUUAGGUUUUAUUCACAUUUGAUAAAGUCAAUGAUUCCUACCUCUAUUAGGUACGUUAAAAAUUGCUAUUUUAUUGUUAGGAUGGAUUAAAUAACUUAUGAUAUUCAAUCAUAAUGUUAAACUUUACAAACAUGAGAAUUCUAUUAUCGAAAUUUGAAUAAAAAUGAAAUUAAAAAUAUAUUGGUUUUCGUCUCCACUCUAGUGGAGAUCGGUAAGCCGGUAGGUAUAUAUUUUUCAAAGAUAUACUUAUAUGGUACGUAUAGGUAAGGACGUAAGUAACUAUAGUAGGUACAUAUUCGGUAUAUCUUUGAGAUCAAAUUAAAUAUGCCUACCAGAAAUUGUAUUAAGUACGAUAUGUAUAACCUACUAUUAUUAUUUAGAUAAAUAUUUUUAAUCGGCAGGAGUCGAAAACAACUUAAAUUCAAUUUUGGUACCGACAUGCUAAACAGGUGAUUUUUUCAUGAUUUAUCCAAGGAAACCUGUGAUGGAAACAAAUACACUGUAUAAAUUGUUCUACCUAAAAGGAAUCACACAAUUCACACGUAGUUUUUGUAUUGCAUAAUAUUAAAUGAAAAUAAUAACGUAAGUUGGUAUUUAAGUACGUAUAAGUAUAAUUUUAUUAAAUAUAAAUAUAUUAAAUGUUUUAAUUAUUAAAGUAUAUUAAUUUUAAUAUUCAUAAAAAAUCCAAAAUCAAUAUAUAUGCGCAUAAUGGGUAUUUGUAUAAAAUUUAAAUCCUAAUUAUUUCGGAUUUUUUUACGUAAUUAAUCAGCUUCGAAUGCAACUAAGAAAUGAAAAUAAGAAAAACAGUGUCCGACUCCAACCGGAUAUUCUAUUAUAGCGGUUCAACAGUACAAAUUUUACAUAACUAACAGAAAUUACGAUUAGGUAGCUACUCGUAAGAUCGUUGGUUUCAGCAAAAAUUCACGAUUUCAUAGUUUCUAUCGAACACAAUCAAAAUUUCGGGAAAAUUAGUAUUACAAUAAGAUUUUCAAUUAUUGAUUUUCUGUCAUUUAAAACACCAUGUUUGUAAGAGAGAUCUAAUCCUUACGAUCCUAGUGUGGAGCCGGCAUUAUGUUUUCGAACCCGGAAUCCCGCCGCGCCGCGCCGCGCCGGAACGUGUGCUACGCGCCGCUUUUUCCGAUCGGAAAAAUCUACAGAUAUUUCAUUUAUAAUAGUAAGUUUCUGUGGAAAAGACCUAAUUAGCUGUACGUCAUCCAAGAUGCAGCACUCGCCUACAUAUUAAUAUUACCUAUGAAUAUGUAGUCUAUAGCUUUCUCUGUCUAUAUUUCAGCUAAAACCAUGGAAUUAAUAGGUACUUACUUCUAAAUCCAAGGCUAAACCAAUGUUUGGUUGGUCGUUGUCCGACGUGUGACGAGAGUUAAUUUACAAAGCGCGCGGCAGCCAUUUAAUACUAAUAUUAAAGGGCACAGAGCCUAGGCUCUGUGUGGCUGGCACUGCGUUGCGUAAACGCGAUUUGAUUGUUUCUGGAGAAUUAUAAAUUCUGUGACUCAUCAUCAUCUUCUACAGCCCUCCGUGACCCACUGCUAGGGAUACACCUCCUUCCGUCACCGCCAACCACCGACCAUUUAACCUUUGGUCUGUGCCGCCAACAUCUCUAUCUUAGGCUAUCCCCAUCCAGUUGUUGCCAGCAAUUUAAAAUUCAGUGACUAAAGGUUGUUAAAAUAGUAACCAAACUAAUUACAAAAGUUCAGAAAAUCGCUGUUGAAUUUAUAAAUUCCCCAAAUCUAGGGACAAUAUCGAUAAAGAGGCCACACUGUUGAUCGGAUUCAUGGAAAUAUAAUAAUGUAGAUAAAGAUAGAUAGAUAAACUGUUUAUUUAUAUAAUGUUAUGUAAAUUAUAAUGUACUAGGAUUGAAUUCCAAAUACAAAAAACCUUGUGUGCGCCAGUAUCACGGUAGGUACCUAUUCCGAAUCUGAAAAAACGUCAUCAGGAAUCCUGAUUCUGAAACCGAACGUAUGCGGCCACGGCCGCGCUCAGAAUGUCAAUGUCAUAACUUCAAAUUAUAAUAACAAUCGCGUCGUCAAAAUAAAUAAACGAUUUUGCGAUUCACGCAGUUUCGGGGUAUUUUUUCAAAAUCCCAAAUAUUUGCACCAAGUGCAAAUAAUUUGUGUUGUUCUAUUUAUUAAGUAAAUAAAUCAAAAGCAAUGCUUAAAGGAGUGGUUAUAUUUGGCUCUGGUGUAUAUACGGGAGUGUAUAUAGCUCAAAAUUAUCAGUUUCCAGGACCUAGACGAAAUCGCUAAAUCUUAAAUAUAUCACGGAAAUCACGAAGAAAAAUCCUUGAUUCAGGAUGUGGUUCAAUUUGCUUGUAAGAAAAAAAUUGAACAAUGUGACAAGGCCUUAGACAAAAAGAAAUGAUAGACAAAGUGGAAGAUCCAAGAGUGCUAAUUGGAAAAGCACAAGCUUUUAUUAAAGAAAAAAUGGAAGGCAAAGGAGGCAAGGACUGUUGAAAACCAUAGGCAUACAAAAUACAAUAUGUAAUUCUGUAAAUACCAUUUAUUAGUUCUAUACAAUGAUAAUUUAAAUAAAGUACACAAAACUGAA